UUUUCUCUUACCUCCUCGGAAGUUGAAGCAAUUACAAACAAAACAAAAAACACAAUUCGUCUUCUUUCUCUCUCUCUUUGGUCUUGUUAUUACUACUAUUUUGCUUACAGUUGAAGAAUCAAAAAGCUUUCUCUUGAUCUUUGAACCAAUCAUCUAAUAGUUUUCUGAUCGUUAUUCUCUAUAAAGUUUGAUAGAUCGAUCGAUUUGAGUGAUUAUGGAUUGUUAUGCUGAAAGGAAUUUUGAAGAGCUUGUUGUGCCUAGUUAUCAAGAGUCAUCAUCAUCAGAGACAUACCCAUCUACUGGUAUGUGGGGUGGUGGAUGGAGCAUGAGCUCUCCUCAAGCUGCUGCUCAGAAAUGUUUCGAUUACGAUGGUUUUAAUGGAGAAGGUUUGAUGUAUAGUCAGAUGGGUAUUAGGACGAGUGAAGAAGAAGAAGAGUCUAAGAGAUCAAAGGCUUUCUAUGGUGCUUCUUCACUUCAUGAUUUCGAAGGAAUCGAACACAUGGAUGAUAUGUUCUUAAGUUCAAUUUUGGAGGAUGUUCCAGAGGAUGAUGGAGAUGUACAUCGAGCAACCAGCAGCAACAACAGUGUUGGUUCUUCUUCUAUGUAUGGUGGUAGGGAAGUCCCUAUGUUCCAUUGUCAUAUUGUUCUUACAUGGUGUGUUACAGUUUAUCUAUUUGUUGCUGAAUCUGUGGUGGUUUCUUGUAAGUUUAGAGAUUCUGAUUAUUAAUCUUUUUUGUUUCUGGUUGAAGGAGGAAGCUCCAUUUACAAUCUCGGAUCUGUCUGAAGACAACAACAUGUUAGAUUCAAACUAUGGUGAUGAUCUGUCUUCCGAAGAACUCGUGUUGCAGGAUCUACAAAGGGCUUCACAAAAGUUGACUGAUGAGACACGCAAAUGUUUCCGGGAUACCUUUUACCGACUUGCAAGGAGUUCACAAGAUAAAUCGGAUUCAGUCAGCACUAACUCAGAUGAGCUGCUUAUGCAAACGUCCAGAUAUGAUUAUGGUGAUGGAAACAGGUUGAGUAGAGAAGAAGAGAUAGAAUCUGAAACGAAUUCAAUUGAUAGAGCCAUUGCAAACCUCACAUUCAACAAAAUGGAAUCCAACAUAAGCAAUUUUCCUCUACCGGAAAGAGUUCAGUAGGUGCCGCUGAUCAAGAUCAACGAUUGGCCCCUCAUCACCCUCCUAUGAAGUCUUCUGUUACCAUACGUGUAUAAAUAUGUGUAUAUAUAGAUGCUUAUUGUUGCAAGCUUCAGUUUUGAUCUGUCAAAAGAAUCUGGUCCCUUUUAAUUCC